UGUGGCGUACACACUUUUUUUUGUCAAGUAACUAAAUGUAUAUGUCAAUUGUCAAAUAUAAAAACAAGUGAUAAAAUUAUGUUUUGAUUAAAAUUAUUUUAUUUUAAACUUGAGUUACUUAUCGCAAGAUCCGAGAAACUGUUUCUAAAUUCCGUAGUAAAUAAACGAAAAACGCUACAAUGACUGCAUUUGGUGAUUAUGAUUGGGAGAAUGAAAAUCGUCGAAUUGCAAUGGAGGGACGUGCUGCUCUCGAACGUACAUCAGAGAGUUUAGCACGUACAACACGUGUGGCCAUUGAAACAGAACAUAUUGGUACAACUGUUGUAAAUGAAUUAGAAGAACAACGUGAAACAUUAUUACGUGCAAAUGAACGAUUACAUAAUGCAAACGAUGGUUUAGAUCAAAGUAAGAAUAUAAUGCGUCGUAUGGGUCGUGAAGUAUUAUAUAAUAAAUGUAUUUUAAUUAUGAUUAUAUUAUUAGAGGCCAUGAUCUUAGGAAUACUUUUAUAUUUAAAAUUACGAUAGUCAUUAUUUUUGAUUUGAUAAAUAUAUAUACGUGGAAGUGGUGAACAAUACUGCAAAUAACACUAUGGUAGUAAAAACCAGAAAUUUCCACUUAAAAUUAACUGAAACUCUUCCGUUCUUGAUUUCAUAAAAUUAUUUAUCUACGGCCGUGAGAUAAAAAGUACUUUUCUCACUCAGUAUGUGUGAGAAAAAUAGUUCAUUCCCGCACUAGCUUGGUAGAAUCGAUGGAGGACGAGUUUUGUUUCAGUUCGCGCAUGUACCCAGCCGACGCCAUCUUAGCUUGUUCCCGCUUCCUGAUUCAAAUUUUUUAAAAAACAUAUAUAAUUAUGUGGUUUUUUACUUCGCUAAGGGCUCGCUUUCGACUUAUAAACUAAUAGCGGGCCGGUGGUGACUGGGUACCGUGCGAGGGAGAUUAUCGAAAGUGAGAGAAUGUCCCCAUCCUACUCCUACCUGCGCAAGAGCAUACCUUGUCUAAUUCUACCAUGAUUUUAAUAUCCUUGUUUAAAUUACUGAUCGAUGUCUUAAUGGCAGUACU